AUGAGAGAGGGAACAGCGGCCAAGAUAGUGUUAAUGUGGCCGCGUGACGUCCCCCUCCACUUAGAGCCCCGUCACCUUCUUCCCUUGGAGCUCCCGUCAUCUUCACCCCCGCCCAGGGCCCCGUCAUCUUCACCGCCCAGAGCCCCGUCACCUUCACCGUCCAGAGCUCCGUCAUCUUCCAGAGCCCGUCACCUUCACCCGCCAGAGCCCCCGUCACCUUCACCCGUCAGAGCUCCCGUCAUCUUCACCCCGCCGACCCCCGUCACCUUCUGCCCCGUCAGAGCUCCGUCAUCUUCACCCGUCCAGAGCCCCGUCACCUUCACCCGCCAGAGCCCCGUCACCUUCACGCAGAGCCCCCGUCACCUUCACCCCGCCCAGAGCUCCGUCAUCUUCACCCGUCCAUUUUGUCACCUUCACCCCACCCAGAGCCCCGUCACCUUCACCCCUUAG